AUGUCGACCCUUGUCACGACGCGUCACGAUCCUCCUCGCCAUCCUCAUCCACCAUCGUUGGCAACGAUGAGCAAAAUCCUUGUUCUCAUCAUCCUGUUCUCCACCACCAUUGUCCUCGCCGCUCCCGUUCCACACAACUUCCCCCCGAUCCAAGACUCUUUAGCUUCACUCGACGAAAUGCUUCACGCCCUUCCCGCCAUCCCGGACCACAUCCCUCCCACCGCAUCCUUUGAAACCUUCCACCCAUCAGCCCUCUCGCCCUCAUUCGACACGCCGUUCACCCCUCCCUCUCCUCCCCCACUACUCCCCCUCCCUGCGCCUCUUCCCGCCCGCAUCGGUCGUAGCGACUCCGCACCCGCCACCACCUUCCCACGCCUCUCCACCACCCGUCGCCGCCUCACCUUCCACGAAGAAGAAGAACAACGCUGGCAACUCGAACAACUCAAAGAAGAAAUCCGACAGCGACUCUACCGCAGCGAAUCCUCCAACGCCGGUCAAGAUACCGGCACUAGAGCACCACCUAACUCACCGGUGCGUGACGAAUUGCCCACUACCACCAGACGAAGCACAAGAGAUUGA